CAACGACGCCAAGCUGAGCAGGUGAGGCCGAUCUGAACGGGGUGAUGACCAAAAGGCUCAAACGACCGCUCUGACAUGGUUGAACUAGGUACUACGAAAAGCUGGGGUUCACCAGGGUGGGAGACUUUUCGUUUGGCAGAGCCAGCGGAGCGAUUUGGCCAGGCACCUUUUUCCGCAUGGACCUGUAGCCGCUGUCGCGAGAUGGACUCGGAAGACGAAGAUCUGCCGAAGAUUUAUAGUGCGUUCGUACAUGCUGUACGAAGUAUAUGGGUCUUCCGAGAUCAGACUCAUCAGAGGCCACAGUGAGUGGAUUGAUGACUGGUGUUGGCGCCGCCGGGCCACAAGUUGAAACUCAGCAGGGUGUGAGGUGGGUAACUCAUCUUACAACGAAGUACGUAACUAACGUACUUCGUACUCUACGUACUUCCUUGCGUGACCCCCGCUUUAUUAUCGUUCUCACCCCUCAAGGCUUCUUGUAUCGUAACUCGCGCUUCGCUCAUGCGCGUUACCAUCUACAUGUGUACUGCAGAUUGAGAAGCAUCAGCUGCCUUGCCUGUCCUUGUUCUAGAUUGCAACUUUUCCCCGGUCAUAAUGGCUUUCCCGUAUCCCCAGCUGGUCCUCUUUGGCGACUCAUUGUUACAGCACUCAGCCGAGACCCUUGACGGCUUCUCGCUUCAAUCCGCGCUUCAGACCCGUUGCCUGAGACGUCUCGACGUCAUCAACCGCGGCUUCUCAGGAUGGAACACGGCCAACGCGAUCAAGUUCAUCGACCAGAUCUUCCCCAAGCCUAGCGAUGCCUCUCCGCGCAUCAAGUUCCUGGUCGUCCUGCUCGGCGCCAACGACGCCGUGAUCCCGCUGCCGACCACGACGCAACACGUGCCCCUUGAGCAGUAUAAGAAGAACCUCGACGCCAUUGUGAACCACCCGCACAUUCUGGCGCACGACCCCAAGAUCCUGCUGGUAACGCCGCCGCCCGUGGACGAGAUCCGGCUCAAGGAGCUCAACUUGGCGGAGGGUCACCCCUGCGCCGUCCGAACGUCGGCAAUCAGUGCCUCGUAUUCGGAGACGGCCCGCCAAGUCGCGCGGGACAACCCGCACGUCGUCUCGAUCGAUCUAUGGACGGCCAUCAUGGACAAGGCCAUCGCUCUGACGCCCGACGAGUACACCGAGGGCGGGCCCCUUCUGGGCACGCCUGACAACGGCAACCGGGGCGGGCUGGCCACGCUGCUUCCCGACGGCCUUCACAUGAACGGCGAUGCGUACCGGGUCCUCUACGGCCUCUUGAAGCCGCACAUCGGUGAAGAGUGGGUAAGCCUGCCAGUUGAGGACCGCACCGGCUACCUGUUCCCAGACUGGCGGGAGCUGGCAGGCUAAAGAGCGCCAAGCGAUCAAUGACAUCAGCAAGGCAUCUUUGUGAUGGGGUCUUGCGGGCGGUUCGACGGUUUGAGAUGCCGUUGGCAAGCUGCCUAGAAGCGGUAGCCGGGGAAUAUGAUCCACGGCGAAAAGGCGUCGAGGUCAAUGCUGUUGGAUCGUCCAUCAACACCACCAGUAUCAUCAAUCAUCAUCAUGUUCCAAAGCAUUCUCCACCGUGACCAGCCGUUGCCCAUAUCGCUACGUAGUAUACAUUUUUGAUAUCUAUAUCCCAAGCUUGAAUGCA